UCCUUAGCCCGCCGCUGCGCCUGCGCCAAAAGUGCUGCUCGUUCCCGGAAGUGGAGGGUCUACACGGAGCACCGUUGGGUCUGGGCGCCCGGAGGCAGCAGCGCUCAUAGAGGUCGCCCCCGAGCUCCGACCACCAUGUCAGCUUUCGACACCAACCCCUUCGCGGACCCAGUGGACGUAAACCCUUUCCAGGACCCCUCUGUGACCCAGCUGACCAACCCCCCACAGAGUGGCCUGGCCGAGUUCAAUCCCUUCUCGGAGACAAAUGCAGCUACAACAGUGCCUGCCGCUCAGCUGGCUGGGCCUUCGCAGCCAGCCGUUCUCCAGCCCUCCGUGGAGCCCACACAGCCAAGCCCCCAGCUGUCGCUUAAGCAGGCUAGCAAGUUCCUGCCGGCCUGGGUCCUGGGAGCGGGCACACUUGCAGAGAGGCAGAUGCUGCUAGGAGGAGAUAGUGCUCUCAGAGACAGCUGCUUGCGAACACUCCCGCAGGCAGUGGCAGCUGCAGCCCAAGCAGGCCUGCUCCGGCAGCAGGAGGAAUUGGACAGGAAAGCUGCGGAACUUGAGCGCAAGGAACGGGAGCUGCAGAGCACAGCAGCCAGCUUGCAUGUGAGAGAGAACAACUGGCCACCCCUGCCCACGUGGUGCCCAGUCAAGCCCUGCUUCUAUCAGGAUUUCUCUACGGAGAUCCCUGCUGACUACCAGCGCAUCUGCAAGAUGCUCUACUAUCUCUGGAUGUUGCACUCAGUGACUCUAUUCCUGAACCUGCUCGCAUGUCUGGCCUGGUUCACGGGUGAUACCUCCAAGGGAGUGGACUUCGGGCUCUCAAUCCUGUGGUUUGUGAUCUUCACACCCUGUGCCUUCCUCUGCUGGUACCGACCCAUCUACAAGGCCUUCCGGUCGGACAACUCUUUCAGCUUCUUCGUGUUCUUCUUUGUAUUUUUCUGUCAAAUAGGGGUCUACUUUAUCCAGCUGAUUGGCUUGCCCAACCUGGGGACCAGUGGUUGGAUCGCAGCCCUGUCUACACUCAAACACGAAUCCUUGGCAGUAUCGAUCAUCAUGAUGGUGGUGGCUGGUUUCUUCUCCCUCUGUGCUGGGCUCUCGCUGUUCCUUCUUCAGCGGGUGCACUCUUUCUACCGCCGGACAGGAGCUAGCUUCCAGCAGGCCCAAGAAGAGUUUUCCCAGGGCAUCUUCAGCAGCAGGACCUUCCGUAGUGCCGCCACCUCUGCUGCCCAGGGAGCCUUCCAGGGAAAUUAGCCUGAUUCUGGCCUCUGUCCAGCCUCUUCUGCACCUGCCUUGAGCUGCACUUUCCACAGUGCCUUAUGCAGUGGGGAUGCCCAGCACCCACCUCACAGGGGUUCUGUCAUGUCUCUUUCUCCUUCCUCAGUGACAGGGAAGGGGGAGGGAGGGACAGGGACUUUUUUUACACAGAGAAAAGAAAAAAAUAACAAAGCUGUCUUUCCUUGUCUGGUGUGGUUUGGUAGGGUCCUUUUGUCUCUGGAAGCGUGAGCCUGAAGCUGUCUUCCCCAUCCAUACAUGUACACAGGACCACACCCAUGCAUGCAUGCACACACAGUUUAACCUGGGCCCAGCGCAGCUGGAGUUUCCUGCCAUGUCCCAGGACUUCCCGAACUUGUGGCCUUCACAGAUCUACUCUCCUGCCCAGGAGGGACGAAGCUUUCCUUUGGUGAGCUGCAGUUGGAGGAUGGGCAGCUCUGAUCCCUGAAUCACUCUUAAGGUGGCCUCAAGGCUUCUCUGGUCUGGCCACUGCAGACUCAAGUUCCUCAUAGAUAGAUUUUCAGCCCUUGAAGCUCUGGCUACUACUGUUGUGGGCAGCACCUGUGGCUCUCCAGGGCCCUUGCUGACCCUUUCUAAAUGUCCAGUGGCUAGGAUUAGGAAUAGGGAGACUGGCCAGGAAGUCUGGCUGUCCUGGUGUGGUUUGCCUGGUCUGUUUGUUUUGAUUUCCCUUCCUGAGGGAUCUGCCACCCUUUGCCUUACUCAUACUCCUUCCCCUUCUCCCAUGCUGCUUCAGCAAUAUCCACCUUAGGAUGCUUGAGGUGCAGGAGGAGCCUCCUUCGAGGGUUCCAGACUCCCCUCCAGGUCUUCCGUCACCUGUAGCAGACUCUUAAGACACCCCCACCCGCCCUGAGAGGCACGCUUAGGACCUGUCCAGUCUCCCAAACUGCUGGGCAUGGAUGGGCAGUGGGAUGUCUCACCACACUGGCCCAUCUGCCUCAGCCCCACUCAGGCCUGGUGCCAGUGAAUGACAAAGCCACUUGGGGUUUGUAAAUUUCUCUGGGUUUUUUUUUUUCCCCUUCAUGUACAAAUGUAUAGGUUCUGACUCCAUUUUUGUUCUUAAAUAAAAAUGACAUUUUCA